CCUGGCGAGACAACACACACAUACACAUAGACAACACACACACACACACACACACCUCCAUGAGAGCAUCCACCGCCUCCCUCGCUCACGUGCUGCCUUUUCACACCACUCUAGCUGAGUCUCGCUGAUACGUGACAUCUGUACGCGGAAAAGUUCAAACAUCCACUUUUGUUUAUGAAUCUGGCGAGUUUCUCGUUCUUCUCCGGACCGUGCAGCAUGACCGCGGAGGCGCAGCUCUCUCCGGCCGAGGCUGCGAGUCCCAGCGCCGGAUUGGGCUCUCCGCUAGCCCCGCCCUCCCUCAUCCUCAUUCACGAGGAGCCGGGGGUCAAGCCCGUCAGCCCAGGCGCGGAGGAAGGAGAACCGGACGGUCAGAGAGAGAGCCAGGCUGGUCAGAACGGCCAGCAGCAGACCACAGAGGAGGACCGCGUCUCUCUCGCGCCCACCGCUGGGGGGCGCCGCCGCAAACGUCCCGUGCAGCGCGGCAAACCUCCGUACUCGUACAUCGCGCUGAUCGCCAUGGCCAUCGCGCACGCGCCCGAGCGCCGACUCACGCUGGGCGGCAUCUACCGCUUCAUCACCGAGAGGUUCCCGUUCUACCGCGAGAACUCCAAGAAGUGGCAGAACUCCAUCCGCCACAACCUCACGCUCAACGACUGCUUCGUGAAGAUCCCGCGCGAGCCCGGCAGGCCCGGCAAAGGGAACUACUGGACGCUGGACCCGGCGGCCGAGGACAUGUUCGACAACGGCAGCUUCCUGCGGCGCCGCAAGCGCUUCAAGCGCGCGGACGCGAGCGCGUCGUACGCGGCCACCGCCGCCGCCGCCGCAGCCGCCGCGGCCGCAGCCACGUAUCACCACCCCGUGCACGCGCAUCACCAUCAUCAUCAUUCCGUGCACGCGCACCACGCGCUGUACCCGAGCUACGGCUCCCAGGUGCUUCAUCACCAUCCUCAUCCUCACCCCCAGUAUCAGCCCAGGACGUUCAGCAUAGACGACCUCAUCAGCCAGCAGAUGCCGGAGAUCAACGUGCACGCGCAUCACACGCACACGCACUCGCACUGCCUCGGCCUGGGACUCGGUGGCGGGGACUUGAGCGUCAGCGCGGCUGAGCAGCAGAGCGCGAGCUUCCCGCCCCCUCAGAGCGUGAACGCCGUGAGCAUGAGCGCGAGCGCGAGCGCGCCGCUGGCCAGGAGUUCCGCUCCCGGUUUCUCGUACACGUGCGCGCCGGUGGUCUCCUCCGUGUCGGUGUCGGCGUCGCAAGUCUCGCCGCAGCCGCCCGCCUUCUCUCCGCCGCCAGCAGGCGGCGCCACGGCGCAGCUUUACUGCGGCAAGCACGCCGAGCCCGCCGUGACGUCAUACGGAGGCGCGUACGCGCGGCAGGGGAACUACGGCAGCGGGCUCGAGCGGUACAUGUGAGACUGACGCGGUCAGUGCCGCAGAUGCGGGAAUCACUGGCCUGAGUUCCUGAUUUACACACACAGCAAAACACGUCACAUCAACACAGUGUGGCUGUUUACUGACUCUGGGUAAGAGCUGUGAUGUCACCUGUCUCAUUAAAAUCAUGUUAAGACGGAGCCCCGUAAAAAUAAUGCGUGGCCACGACUUAGUAAGACACGGGAAUAUAACUAUUAAGUCAUGGCCACAAUUUAGUAAGGCGUGGGAGCAAGAUAAUUAGGUCAUGAUCAUGACUUAGUAAGGUGUGGGAACGAGAUCUUAAUGCAUGGCCAUAACUUAGAACUCCAAGAAGUGCUCCUUGCAUGCCCUUACUAAGACAUGUAAACAAGAUAAUUAAGUUGUGGUGAUGUCUUAGUAAGGCGUUGGAACAAGAUUUUAACGUGUGGCUAUGACUUAAUAAGCCAUGGGAACAAGUUCUCGUUCUCGUGAUCUCGUUCCCACACCCUACUAAGCCAUAGCCAUGACUUAAUUUUCUCAUUCCCAUGUCUUACUAAGUCAUGGCCACACAUUAAGAUCUUGUUUCCAUGAAUUAUUAAGGCAUGGCCACGCUUUACUUUUAUUUAUAUGGCAUCAUCUUGUAUAAAUAAAAAUAAUGCAUGACCACAACUUAGUAAGGAUUGGGAAUGAGAUAAAUAAGUUGUGGCCAAGACUUAGUAAGGAGUGUGAGUGAGAUUCUGAUGUGUGGCCACGACUUAGUAAGGAUUGGGAAUGAGAUAAAUAAGUUGUGGCCACGACUUAGUAAGGAGUGUGAGUGAGAUUCUGAUGUGUGGCCACGACUUAGUAAGGCAUGGAA